AGGAUUCCCGCCCCCGACCCUCACUGGGAGGAAUCCCCGACGAGGAGCAUCUCUGAUUGGAGCAUCCUAGACCCGGGACACUCCGCGGGACAGAACAGCGCCCCACUUAGCACUGCGGACACGGAGCUGCGUCCCACCCACAGCCUCCGCGGCUGCCAGACGCCUUUUCUUUCCUCUUACUCUCUGUUCCUUUUUUUUUUUUUUCUUUCUUUAUUUCUUUCCCCAACCUUCUCUAGUUGCCUUACAUCUUUAAUCACACCUGUGGCUCCUCUCGUUCCUUUCCUGUUUCCCAGUCCCAGUGCUAGGGAGGCAGCGCACCGCAGUUUCUCACCUGCUUCUGGAACCCCGGCCUACGCCGUCGCGACCAGAGUGCAGGAGGGACGGCCGCCCCCGCCGCGGCCUCGCGGAACUCAGCUCUGAAGCAGACCUUAAAAAUUAACAGAAACCCAAACCAAGAAGAAAACAGCAGUGCCAUUUACAAGGCUGUGUCAACCUUAACCAGAGGAAACAAUACUUUUCUUUCUAUCUGAGAGAAACCACUAGAAGCAGAAUCUUCAAGAUGCAUCGCAUAGAGCUACUCUUGACAUUUCUGGUGUUUAUGUUUACAAGUACCUCAGAAACCUGUACUUUACGUUUUAACAUCACCGCAGUCAGAGGGGAGCCUUUCUAUCUGAAAUAUUGCUCAUCAGCAGCUGAGCCCAAGAAUGAAACAGCCGCCGUAAAAUGGUACAAGAGUAGUGGAUCCCACGGGCUCAUUGAGCUAAACUCAAGCAGUUUUCCCAGAAUUUCUCUGCACGAUCAUGUUUUGGAGUUUUGGCCAGUGGAACUGGAGGACAGUGGAUCUUACUUUUUCCAUAUGGGAAAUAAUACACGUGAAUGGAAAUUAAAUGUCAUUGGAAAAAGUAAACACAGAUGUUUUGCUGAAAAACUACUAAUUAGUAAAUCUGUGGAAGUUCAGAAAUCUUUGCACGUCGAAUGUAUAAAUAUACACUAUCAAAAACUGGCCAACAGAACAUCACUGUAUAAGAACUGUCAAGAGAUAGAAAACAAUAAAAACACAGUUUUACAGAAGAAUGCAGAGUUUGAAGAUCAAGGAUAUUACACUUGUGUGUAUUUCAUUCCUCAUAAUGGAAAACUAUUUCAUGUCACCAAAACCUACAAUAUAACAGUAGUUGGAGAUCGCAGCAAAAUAAUUCCUGUUCUUCUUGGACCAAAGCUGAACUAUGUGAAGGUGGAAUUAGGAAAAGACGUAGAACUCAACUGCUCUGCUUUGGUAAAUGAAAAGGAUGCUUUUUAUUGGAAUGUGUGGGAAGAAAAUGGAAAGGAACCUAAUGUACAUGAAGAGAACAUAACAAGAAUUAGGACUCCAGAUGGCAAAUUGUAUGCAUCAAGAAUAUUGAGAAUUGAGAAUAUUAAUGAAAAAAAUCUAAACUUUUCAUAUAAUUGUUCUGUGGCCAGCGAGGGAGGCACAGACAUUAUAAGCUUUGUCUUGUUGAAAAAAGAAGAUAUGGUUGACAUCCCAGGCUACGUCUUCACCAGAGGAAUGAUCAUAGCUGUUCUGAUCUCAGUGGUGGUCGUGUGCCUAGUAAUAAUGGGCAUCAUUUAUAGAGUUGACCUGGCCCUAUUUUAUAGAAAUUUCAUGGGAAAAGAUGAAACAUUAACAGAUGGAAAAACAUACGAUGCUUUUGUGUCUUACCUGAAAGAAUGUGGACCCGAGAAUGGAGAGGAGCACACCUUUGCUGUGGAGAUUCUGCCCGAGGUGUUGGAGAAACACUUUGGGUAUAAAUUAUGCAUAUUUGAAAGGGAUGUGGUACCUGGAGGAGCUGUUGUUGACGAAAUCCACUCAUUGAUAGAAAAAAGUCGAAGACUGAUCAUUGUCCUAAGUAAAAGCUACAUGUCUAAUGAAGUCAGGUACGAACUUGAAAGCGGACUCCAUGAAGCACUGGUAGAAAGGAAAAUUAAAGUCAUCUUAAUUGAGUUUACACCUGUGAGAGACUUCAUGUUCUUCCCCCAGUCACUACAGCUUUUGAAAUCCCACCAAGUUCUGAAGUGGAAUGCUGAUAAACCUCCAUCGUAUAACUCAAGGUUCUGGAAAAAUCUUCUUUAUCUGAUGCCUGCAAAAACGGUCAAGCCCUAUGGAGCUGAAUCUGAAGUCCUACCUGUUCUUUCACGGUCCUGAGCUUUAGGAAAGCUGAACAUAAGAACUGUUGAC